UGUUUUUCUUCAAGUUGGCUUUAUGUUUGCAGGGGUACAGUUUUAAAUGAUUUUUAAUUGGCGUAUCGUGGUCUCACGGUAUUUUAGUUCCAAAGCAAGCAAGAAAAGGCAGUUUAUUGACUGGAAAAAAGUCAUCUUAAAGGCAGGAAAUGGAGGAAAUGGUUGCCUUCACUUUAAAAGACAAAAAUACCAACCCAGAGCUGGUCCAGAUGGGGGAGAUGGUGGCCGAGGUGGGAGUGUCAUUCUGAUUGCAGAUUAUUCUGUCAAGGAGUUUGCUCAUCUUCCCAAACAUAUCAAGGCUGAAAAUGGUGGAGCUGGUAGGGCAGAUGACUGUAAGGGGAAGAAUGGUUCAGAUCAGAUAUGGCAGGUACCCCUUGGUACUGUUAUCAAAGAGCAAGGGCAUGUGAUAGCAGACUUGACUACUGUGGGAGAAACCUUUGCAGCUGCUCAGGGGGGCCUUGGUGGAAUGGGGAAUGCAUAUUUUAAGACGGCACAGGAUCGUGCACCUGAUGUUACCACUGAAGGGACCCCUGGAGAGGAAAAAGUUGUAGAGUUGGAGCUGAAGACAAUAGCUGAUAUUGGAUUGAUUGGUUUCCCUAAUGCAGGAAAGUCCACUCUUCUAAGAGCAAUUUCUCGUGCAAUGCCAGCAGUUGCUGCUUAUCCUUUCACCACCAUUAAUCCUUACGUUGGAAUUGUGGAGUUUGAUGAUUACCAACAAAUUGCAGUCGCAGAUAUUCCUGGUUUAAUAAGUGGAGCACAUCUGAACAAAGGGUUGGGACAUACUUUCCUGCGACAUAUUGAAAGAUGCCGCUGCCUGCUGUAUGUCUUGGACAUUUCUUGCACUGACUCAUUGACAACUUUUGCUUCCUUACGGCAAGAACUGGAGCUUUACAAGGAACAUUUAUCACAAAGACCAGCAGCCAUUGUAGCUAACAAAAUAGACAUUGCUGAUUCCAAGACAGAAAUCCAGCAACUACAGAACACUUUCUCCCUUCAGGUUAUACCUGUGUCAGCAAAGUAUGGCAAGGGUAUACCAGAGCUGAAAAAGGAGCUACGAAAACUUUUUAAUGACACUCUUGUUAUUUCUUGACCUGCAAUUCAUGUGCAAUGAAAGACUUGAAAGGAGACAAACCUUUAGCUUUUAGUUAAAAAUACCAUUUUAUUGGAUCAUUUUAUAAGUUUUUCCAGAAAGUGAUACACACUCAGUAGCCAAUAGCAAAAUAUUUAUACCGAUGUCCUCUGCAUAAAAAAAUUAAUUUUAGUACAACAUGAUGAUAAAAAUAGGUAUUGGUGUAUAACAAAAAUAGCAACAUUCUGCAAUAAAUACCUCUGACAAUUUCAUCCUAACUUUUGUAUAGUUCAAGGUGUCAACCAGCCAAUUCUUGGACUAUUUUUUACCCACUUGCUACUGCAUGAAUUGAUAAUAGCGUAUUAAAUGCUUAAGCUAAGCUGACAUGAUUGUAAAAUGAUAAGUAACAACUAUUCACUGAAGUGAAGGUAACUAUAGUGGUAGACAUUUACAAAGCCAUGAGUAUAUACCAAAACAGUGAGAAAGUAUAACACUAAAAGAUGAUUAAACUAAUUUUUUUCCAGCAACAACUACAAUAUUUUUGGGCACAAAUCCUCUGUGAAUUACUUGGAGGUGAACAGCAAAGAGUAUUUGGAGUUUGAGAAGCUAAUCAGAGCGUGACUUCAACACCAACACUAUCCACAGACUGUUUCAGUAUACACAAACUAUGAAUAUAAUUAAGUCAUCUUUACAAAUUUAACCUAAUUCCAUAUUAAAACUCAGUCAUGCAAACAUUCUGACCAUCACAAUAUCAAAAAGCACUACAUUUACAUCAUAAUAUUAAAUAAAUAUUUUUUGAAAGCGAUAAGGAAAGGAAAAAAUUUGCCUUUUUGAGUUUUCAGGAAAAAAAGGUAAGGACUUGUCAUCUCUCUGGGUGACCCUUGCAAUGCUGUAGUAGUGAAAAGAACUGAAAUUGGCACAAUUUCUAUGUACUUUUUAAUUUAUUGUCUACUGUUUGAGUCUUUUAAAUGUGCCUCUGCAGCACUUUGCAUCAGUCUUCAGAGGAUCUUCUGUUUCACAGAAUUAGGUCCAAAUUGCAAAAAGAAUUACUUAAAAAGAGCACACUUGUAUUCAGGGUUCACAUUAUUGUCAAUUUUAUGUACUUGUCCUAUUUCAUUUAAGAGUGGUUACAACUACAAACAGCAUUUUCAAAAUCAGACCUGUCACUGUUACACUGACCCUUUAACUCCCAGAAGUGAUUAACAUGUCACUUCUCCCUAUAAUAUCCACACAUGAUCCAGCAAACAGGU